AGCCCAGUCUCGCAGCCUCGCGGCCGUGGGAAGAGUGCUCUGCCACUGUCUUGAUCGAACAGAGAUAUAUAUCCUUCACCAUAAUUUCGUAGGAGGCUUUCGGAAUAUUCAUCUCAGUGAAAUUAAGUACGGUGCCAUUGAUUCAGAUAUGGCUUCGUUGCUACCCAGUGACGAACCGACCGCAUCUUCUCCGAAGACGGUAUUUCUCACUUCUCAACAAUGUAUUGUUCAUCUCAAACUUCUGGCCGCUUUUUCCGACUUGCGAUGCACCAUAAGCAAUCACGAUGGCCUCUUCGGGCUCCAUGAUGCAGACGCAGAUCGAGUUCCCGCUCAAGACAAACUCGGGACCUUGAUCCAGGAGAAGCGCUGGGCUGUGUACAUUACACGCGCUGUAAAACGAUAUACAGCUUGGUGGCUGGACUGUCUCCUUGAUCAGGAGCGCAUCCCGACAAUAGCAGACAUUCGAAAUGAUAGAUAUGCGACAAUUGUUAAACCCGAGAAAAGGCUGGAGUGGCAGGAGAGUAUUCUCCCUCCCCUGGAUGUGCUUAUGGUGUGGCAUUCGCAUAUGCUGAAUCCACAGAAGUAUCUCGAGGACUGCAUCAGGCAUGGCAAGAUGUAUGUCUGGGGGGCUGACUUCCCGUGGGAGCUCGUUGAUCGUCACAUAGAUGGCGAAAACUUCGAGUACGUACCAAGUGAAGAAGCGCGCAAGUUCUUCGAAACCCAGCUAGGCAUCAACUGGGAUAACUUACUUGAUCCAUCUACCACUACCGUCGAAUGCCCUAAAUGCAACAGCAUAGUCAUCGUCGACUGGACCAAAGGCCAAGUUUGGCCAUGCACCGAGCAUCUAUUUAGCGAUCUUACAGGAUUUGCGGACAAAGGCUUCCGUGUUACCUGCCACGAGUGUCAGUUCUCAAUUGACCAUGAUCAUCUCAAGGUGGCCAAGUGGCGUCAGGAUGUGCGUUCACUGCUGGAGCAGGACAGGCCUAUGCCGGGAUGCUUCUACAACAUCCGUGGUGUUCCCUUCCCGGCGCCAGAGAGCUGGAAAAAGACAUCAUUCCUAUACCCAAGCCAGCUCGUUCAUGUUAUCGGCGAUGAUAUGUUGGAGUUCACUGACCCGACGGCCGACAUAUGCCACAAUAUUUCGGAUCUGCGCGACUAUAUCGAAGAGAAGGCCAAAGAGCGCAAGACCCUUCAAAUGGCUCAUGAUACACAUCUGUUCACGAGCCAACCUGUUCGCGCCGAGAAACUCUGCAUCCGCCGGAUGAUGUCCCGAUACUGGGACAACUCUGGCCCAUUUGCUCUCAACUUGACAGGCGCCGUGAUCAGACAAGGAAAGUUCGUCCAACAGAUGGACCGUAUAGACUGGAUUAGGUCUCCGACGCUUCACUCUACUAUCGAACGACUGAUGGCCAAAUACCAAAUUUUCUUCAAGAUCAUGAUAGACCACCCAAGGCAUAUGGCCGUACCCACACUUGAUGUGGAUUUGGCAUGGCACACGCACCAGCUCUCCCCGGCAAGAUAUUAUAACUAUAGUGUCGAAUCAACCAUUCGCCCAGUGCAAUUCAUUGACCAUGAUGAUAAGGUCGAUGAGCUGAAGUUGAGCAACGGGUUUGAGUGGACCUGUAAGACCUAUCGUGAAGUCACCAAUGGGGGCAUUUAUAGCGAAUGUGUCUGCUGGUACUGCGAGGCGAUCCGUUAUCCGGAUAUAUAUGGGCGUUUUCGCGCCUCCGCGGCCAUAUCCAAUGCUCGUAGAGCCGCUGAUGAGCUUCACAGUCAGCCAAACAUUGCCUCUAAGCCCAAGUUUGGCCCUCACAUCUCUGCUCAUAAUGCAGUGCGCCUCCAUCAAUUAUCCAAGUCCGAGUCAACAAAAAGAGAGGUCCGGGCCUUGCGUCUGUUCGAAGCUCACAAGAAGUCUCUCAGGCGAGCUGAAAAGCGCGCAAAUUCUCUCGGCCAUGCAGAAAGCCCGACGGCGUUCGCAUCUGCCAUCGCGGCCGUCAAUUUUCUCAUCUUACCAAAUACCACGGCCGACUCUGCUUCCCAGGAUGAGAUAAGUAUCUCAUCUGAGGAGGACUCCGGGCUCGAAAAAAUGGAGCACAUCGGGAACGCUAUUGAGAACUUUUUCGAUAGCUUGGAGGGCCUCGUAGAUGGACUUGGUGAUCUAUUCCCCGAUCAGCCGAACUCAAUGGACGCAUCGCAUCAUGGAAUUGGGAAUUGUAUUUCGGGAACUUGUAGUGUUUCCAUCGCGGGUGGAAGCUGCGCGGCGUGUGGCAAUACGGCUUCAUGUGGUGCUUGUGGAGGAUGUGGCGGUGGAGGAGGAUGCGGUGGAGGCUCUGGAGGGUGUGGUGGUGGUGGCGGUGGGGGAUCCUGCGGUAGUGGAGGGUCAUGAUCUCAGAAUUACGGUUCAUAAUACUAAGCCUGAUCAAGUGAAAUAGAAGAGACAGAGGAGUAGGGAAGAAGUAAACAACGGAUGCUGGCUCAAUCACCUGAUCUACACAACCUGCGGCUUAGUUAUUAUAUGUUGAUGGAGAAGUGGUAGCGAGCAGGCAUAGUUCUUCGAUCCAGAGACCUGAAAUUCAAUAUCAACUGCGCGUUGGUAAUAUAA